AUGGAAGCUGCUCCCCUAUUAUGUGCAAGGAUCACAACUUAUAUCCCAUUGAAAUAUUAUGGACUUGACAAGACUGGAAUGCACAUUGCUGUUGUUGGUCUUGGUAGACAUAUGUCUGUCAAAUUUGCUAAGGCGUUCGGAACCAAAGUUACUGUCAUUAGUACAUCUCUUAGUAAGAAAGAUGAAGCAAUUAAGCAUUUAGGCGCGGACUCUUUUCUGGCUGCAGCAGGGUCAUUUGAUGGCAUCAUCGAUACUGUCUCUGCGAUUCAUCAUCUUCUUCCAUUGAUUAAUUUGUUGAAAACUCAUGGGAAGCUUGUGAUGUUUGGCGCACCUGAAAAACCACUAGAAUUGCCUGUAUUUCCCCUGCUUUUAGGAAGGAAGCUACUGGCGGGGAGCAGGAUAGGAGGGAUGAAGGAGACACGAGAUGGUAGAUUUCGCGGCGAAGCAUAA